AUGAAUCUGAUGCUAGUCCUCCUUGGACUGGUUGUCGGUGUCGCCGCCGUCGUUCGGGAUCCAAUUGGACAGAAUCUCAUCGUCAUUCUUGCUGAUGGUUACGGUGCAACGCUUCUGAAUAAUACCAAGCCAAAUGCGUCUUUCGGAAUCCGACACCUCGCCGCAAACGGUGUUCAGGUUGACUAUGUGACACCAUCGUUUCCAACACAUACAUGGCCUCAGUGGAUGAGUUUGUCUACUGGUCUCUACACCGAAAACCAUGGAUUCACAGCUGAUUACAUGUGGGAUCGAAAGACAAACUUCACUUUUGAACGAGGAACAGGACCAAAUGACACUGAAGAUGUUUGGUGGGAUGAUGCCAAGGCUCCACUUUGGUACACCGCUGGAAAGGCUGGCGUGGAUGUUCACUGCUACUGGUUCGUCACUCGCGUCUUCUACGAUAUGGUUGUUCAAGUACCGGAAAAACGUUGGGCCAAUCUUGAUGACCCACAUCAGACUGAUAACUUGAGAGACGUGUUCCCUGAAAUUGUCAAUAGAAUUUCGAAAUAUCAAGUUUACAAGCAGCAAAUGUUCCUGAUUCGAUAUGCCAACAUUGGAAAUGCUCAGAAGGAGCACGGACCAGAAUCUGAUGAAGUCGAGCAGGAGGUUGCCAGAUUCGAUUUGUAUAUCAAUGAGCUGCAACAAAAACUAGAAGAAGCCAACCUAUUCUCCUCCACCAAUUUGGUUGUCAUGUCUGAUCACGGUUACACUCCACUGCAAAAAGAAGAGCAAUUCUUUAUGGAACAGUGUCUUCCAGACUACUCUUUGGUCAAAAAGAUUGUCAACUCUCACAGCAUGAUCAUGGUGUUCACUAAUCCAGAAGAUGAAGGAACUGUCCAUUACGAAUUCAGCGUUUGCGAAGUGUGGUCACCAAUGGGAGAUUACGAUGAGAACGAUACUCCAUUCGUUAAGACCUAUAGAAUGUCCGAACUGCCAGAGGAACUCCAUUGGAAAGGAUCGAGAUUCAUGAGCGGAGUGGUGUUAAUCACCAAGCCAGGAACCAGCGUUGUUACGAAAGAACUUCCAACCGUGCCACACAGUGGUGAUCCAACAAUCGACGCCAAACAAGCUUCCGGAUGGGAGCCAACUCAUGACGAUAUGAAGGGAAUCUUUGUCGCUCGCGGUCCAGCAUUCCGAGAAAACGAACGAUUCGGACCAAUCGAGAUUGUCGACGUCUACCAAAUGCUUCUGAACAUUCUCAGCAUUGAGCCAGCUCAUCCACACAACGGAACGUGGGGCAACGUGGAGCACAUGUUGAGCGAAGGCUGGGAAAACCGCGGUCCAACUGAAAACUCGUCUUUUCGGUCAUCUUGCACACUUCUUUGUUUUAUUUCUGUGCUUUUGCACUUCUUCUUCUAG